AUGCGCAAACAUGCUCUGAGUACCAUAAAUCGAAUCAGAAGCACUUCGAAAGGACACCUUGUGAUCCCGUUGAUCCUUCCAAAAUAUAUCGGACAUUCAUCCGUCCCUUCGAUCGUAUUUCACCCAAGGUCAUUCACAAGCACGACUUCCAUACGGCAGGAUGGACUAGCGGCCUCAAGUACUAGGAACGCCACGGGCAAUGUAUCGUUAGUAACCGGAGCUAGUGGAGUCACCCUUCGACCUUAUCAAGCCCAUGCAAUCCAAGCAUGUCUCGAAGCUCUGUCAAGCGGAUUAACACGAAUUGGCGUCAGCUCACCGACAGGAAGUGGGAAGACAACAAUGUUCAUGCAUCUCAUACCAUUGAUCAGCUCCAGGAUUCCGAAUGCACCUAACUCAUCAGAUACAAUUAAAGAACCAAGUGGUAGAGGAAAAACACUGAUUGUAGUGGGAAGUGUGGAGUUAGCGAAUCAAUCUGAAAAAGCAGCGAAGAGGACCCUGGGUAAAGAUUGGACAGUAGAGGUCGAACAGUCGAAAAGAGUAGCUAGUGGUAAUGCCGAUGUCACUAUAGCUACUUAUCAGACCCUCAACAACCUCGACCGAUUGGCCAAAUUUAACCCCAAGGAAUUCCAGUUGGUCAUAGUAGACGAAGCUCACCAUGCUGCUGCACACUCAUAUCUACGUCUACUGCACUAUUUCAACCACAAUGUCCAAAUUCCUCCAUCAGUCCUACCAAUAUCAUCCACAUCUCCACUAUACAAGAUGAAUGUACCUAUAAUAGGCUUUUCGGCGACUUUCUCGAGACCAGAUCAAUUAGCUCUCAGUGCAGUAUUUGAGAAAAUCGUCUUUCAUCGGGAUAUCUCAGAAAUGUUGGAAGAUGGUUGGCUAUCACCUGCUAGAUCGACAACGGUUCAUGCUAAAUUGGACCUAGAAAGUGUCGAGGAGAACGACCAAGGGGAUUAUAAGACUAGUAGUUUGGCUAGUAAAUUGAAUACUCAAGAGAUUAGGGAUUUAAUAGUUGGAACCUAUCUACAUAAAGCUUCCGACAGACGAUCAACCUUAAUAUUCUGUGUUGACCUUAACCACGUAGCGGAGUUGACGGACACGUUCAGACAGGCCGGAAUAGAUGCUCGAUCCAUAUCUUCGCUUUCUAAGCCCGAGAUCAGGAAGCAGACUGUUUUAGCGUUUGGGAGAGGAGAAUUUCCUGUGUUGAUCAAUUGUGAAGUAUUGACUGAAGGUGCCGAUAUUCCUCAGAUCGAUUGUAUUAUACUAGCUAGACCGACCAAAAGCCGAAAUUUACUGGCGCAGAUGGUAGGAAGGGGAUUGAGGCUAUCUCCCGAGACUGGUAAACAAGAUUGUCAUAUCAUAGAUAUAGUGGAUAAUGUCAAUAAAGCUGGAGGAAUGUUGGUAUCUCCUACUUUAUGGGGAUUAUCACAUGAGGAAAAGGAGGAGCAGGAGAGGGAAAGAGGGGAAACUCAACUGUCGCAACAGGAGGAACCUAGUGAUCAUGCUCAGGGUGACUAUAAGAUCACGUUUAUCGACCAGGACAAUCCGUUCCGACUAGCUGGUGAUAGUAGGCCACUAGUCGAUAAAGCAAGUAAUAAUGCAUGGGUCGCUUGCGGUAAAGGGAAAUAUAUCCUAGAGGCAAUGGGUAACGGAUAUCUCGCGAUCGAUCCUUCAUCACCCACUUCUCAAGCCAAAUAUACUAUCACUUACCGGAGUGCUAUCCCACCCGAGCUCGCUGGUCCUAGAGGAUCGAGAUCACCUUUCGGAAGGGUGAAGACUGUAGGUUAUGCGGAUGAAUUGGAAAGGGCUUUACAGACUGGUGACAAAUAUAUAGAGAGGAUCUUGGGCAGGGAUUCAUACUUACAAUUGUCGAAAUACGCAUCGUGGAGACGUAAACCAGCUUCGGAGAAGGCUAUCAGAUUACUAUUAAAGCUUAAAGGAGCAGAUGAUCCAACUUCGUUACUGGAUGAUAGAGGCCAAAAUAGAGAGGUAGAUUUGUACGGCAAGAAAAUCGAUGUGGGGAGCUUGACAGCGGGAGAAGUGUCGAGUUGGUUGUGUGCUGCUAGACAUGGUGCUAAGACUGCUAAAGCUGCCGAGGAUAGGAAGAUUGAAAGAGCAUUAGCUAAGAAGGUGGCAAAGGAAGAGAAAGCGAGAGCUCUAAGGGAAAGGAAUUUACCGCUUCCGCGAAGCAUACCAACCCUUUAA